GCUGGGUUCCGGUGUCCUCUCUGCUCUUCCUUGUUGAAAGUGACUGCUCGAGGAAGAAUGCUGUCUUCACGGGUACUCAACUUGGUUGGGAAAAGAGCAUUGUCUACAUCAGUAUGUCUGCAGGGACAUGCUGGUGUUGUAAAACCAGAAACUUACAGCCUUCCUAUCUACAUUGAUCGCCGUGAUGUGCCACUGCCAGAUAUUGCUUUCGUAGAUACUCUUUCUGCUGAACAAAAUGCUCUGAAGCAGAAGGAAAAGGGAGCAUGGGCAUCACUGAGCUCCAAAGAGAAGCUGGAUUUAUACCGCAUAAAAUUCCAUGAGAGCUAUACUGAAAUGAACCAGGGAUCAAGUGAAUGGAAGACCAUUCUUGGUGGCACUCUCUUCUUCAUUGGUUUUACUGCAUUCGUUGUCCUUUGGCAGAGGAAGUACGUUUAUGGAGAUGUUCCUCAUACCUUUUCUGAAGACUGGGUGGCUAAGCAGGCUAAAAGAAUGCUGGAUAUGAGAGUCAAUCCAGUGCAGGGGUUCUCUGCUCAGUGGGACUAUGAGAAGAAUGAAUGGAAGAAAUAAUCUGCUCUUCUAAAAGUCUUCAUAUUUGCAAACAAAAACAUGUUUGUCUAAAACCUUACAAUGGUCCAAAUCCAAUCCAGACACAAUACCUCAUUACUUAUUUUCUGGAAUAUAGUCAUCCUAAUUGUGUUACCACCAAUAAAGUGCUGGUUUACU